UAACAUUAAAAAUAUAUAAUAAUUAUGUAAAACAAAUAUCUAUAUAUAUAAAUGUGAAAAUAUAUACCCGCACGGUUGUGCGGGUGGAAAUCUAGUAAUAUAUUAUAUAAGAUUAUUUUAGUUAAAUAAUUGUAUUUUAGUUUUAACAAAAGCUAAAAGCACUGCAAAUGAAUAUGUGGUUCGAAGUAUCUUGGCAGUAUUUGCAGCACCAGCAGUUCAUUUAAAUUUCACUCUUAUUUUGUAUAAUACCUUAUUGAGCCGAGAAAAAAAAAAUACAAAAGCAGAUAUGUUACUCGAAAUUAGAAACUGUAAACCAGUCUUUCUCGUGACUCAACUUUUAUUUUUAUUAAUUAUCUAACUAAUAUAUGAUAUUAUUUAUGGGUUAGAUUCAGUGGACAACGGAUGCUUUAAAAAGUUUGUUAAGAUAUUCUCCUCUCUUCUUUUUUUUUUUUGACAUCAUAUUCUCCUCUCUUCUUUACUUGUGUUUUUCAGAUGUUAUUUUUUUUUGUCUGAAUACUGGGAUAAAAACCUCACGUUGUGAUUGCUCUUCGAAAAAGAUCAUCUUUUCAAUAUUUCUUGUACGUGAAGUACGUUUGAAAAGUUUUUUUCUCAUUCUCUCUACAAUUCAUAUUUUCACUAUAGUAGACCCUCCAUGUCAGUGCCAUUAAUCAUUUCUAAUCUAUUUCGAUAAUAGUUUUUUUUUUUGACUAAAAGCUAUUUCUAGGAUUUCGGGUAUCCUAACGGAUCUAUUCGGGUUUCAGAUUUUCAGGGUUAAAGAUUUCAGCCCCAUUCGAAUAUUUCUAAAUUUCGGUUUGGGUUCGGAUCUUUGCGGGUUUGGUUUGGAUUCGGAUAACCCAUUUAUUUAAAUUUUUUAAAAUUCAUUAUAUACUUUAUAUAUCUCAAAAUAUAUAAAUAAAAUAAUAUAUUACAUAUAAAUUUGAAUAACAUAUAUCAAAAUACGUAAAUUUAACAUAUAAAUUGGGUUGGUUUGAAUAUUUGGAUAGAAAAUUUAUAUAUAUUUCAAGUAUUUUUAGUGUUUUAGACAUUUACUUUUGACUAAUUGUAUAUAUUUUCAAGAAUUUUGGACAACUUAAAUCUAUCUUAUAGAUUUGGAUGUCUUUUAAUAUACAUUAAAUCUAAAAUAAUUAAUAUAUUUAGGUACAUAAAUAUAUUAUAGAUAUAUUCGGAUACUCGAAAUACUCAUAUUCGGAUCGAGUUCGGUUUUGAUUCUCUAGAUACCAAAAUUUUGUAUUCCUUGGGAUAUUUAAUCAAUUUUGGUUCCGACUUGGUACUACUUUUUCGGAUUCAUAUUUUUUGCGCAGCCCUAGCUAUUUUGAUAAUAGGUUUUGUCUUUAGUGGUAGGAAAAGAAUAUCUGACUGAAAUUUUGCAUGGAAAAAAUUAUACUAAACAUUUUAAAUAUAAGUGAUAAGUUUACCAUAUUAAUCAAAUAAAUUAGUUUGAAUUAUAUGUAUACCUUAUUAUACAAUUACAUUGCAAUAUGGUUGCUUUUGAUAACACAUAUAUUCACAAAUAUCAGAAGAAAACAAAACAAAAGUUUCGGGUCCACGGAGAGUGGUGGUUGCUAUUUUCGUCAAAGGUUUCUAUUUUGGGGGAUUUCCCAAAAUGGAUAAAGUAAAAUUUAUAAUGGUGCACAGACCCCAUGGGUGUUAAUGCCACUUAGAUCAACGUUUACUUUCAAAUGUUUCUAGUAGAAGGAUCCGGAGGGACUUUCUGAGGCGAAACGAGAUAUAUGACGAGUUUGAAAGAUGCACUAAAUGUUCGAGUUAGAAAGAAAGGAACCAAGAGUGUGAUCACAGUUGCGGUUUUGCUACUCACUUUCUGCCCACUUUCAGCAUGCGCACCGGUCUUGACAAUUCAUAGCCCUGACGGAGAUAUCAUAGAGUGCAUCAACACACUGGAUCAGCCCUCUUUAAACAAUCCUCUGUUGAAAAAACACGUUUUCCAGGAUUACCCCAGCGGCAUGACGAAAACAGAAGAUGGAGGAUUUGGCUGGCAAGUCUGGCAUCGCAAUGGAACAGCGUGCCCCCAAGGAACAGUUCCUGUACAAAGAGUUGAAGCUGAAGCUGAGCUUUCACAGGGGAAGUACGGCCCCCUGAUUCCCGAUGCCGCAGAAAGAGCCACAAAAGGACAUCAGUACGCUGUAGGGUUCGUGGAAGCAGAUCUACCCAUCUAUGGAACCAAAGCCACUUUGAACGUCUGGAACCCCGUGGUGGAGUCAGCGGACGACUUCAGUCUGGCCCAAAUCUGGGUAACGUCCGGGAAUUACAAACACAACGACCUCAACACGCUUGAGACGGGUUGGCAGGUGUACCCGAACAAGUAUGGCGAUCGACAAGCUAGACUGUUCACAUAUUGGACGAUAGAUGCAUAUAUUAGCAGCGGGUGUUACAACCACUAUUGCAAAGGGUUCGUACACGUCAACAGGCACGUCGUCCUAGGUGGAGCAAUCACCGGGACUUCGACAUUUGGGGGAGACCAGUUCGAUAUAACCUUGCAGAUUUGGAAGGAUCCACUUUCAGGCCAUUGGUGGUUGGGGAUGGGCCUGAAUGUUGUCCCGAUCGGUUACUGGCCCGUCGAACUAUUCACGACACUGUCGGCUCACGCCUCCAAAGUACAGUGGGGCGGGGAAGUUUUAUAUAUCAACAGCACCGGGUGGGUUAACGUGUUAUUUCCCCACGAGAACUAUCGUAUAGCAUCAAAUGUCCACGGAACUAUGAUCUCGUGCUAUAUAUACAUGAACUGAAUAUUACAAAUGUAUUUCUCUCCGAAUUAAAAGUUACCAUCUUAUUUCUCCCCGAUUCAUUGAUUUUGAACUUAAUUAUACAUAAACCAUGAUUUUGAUUGGUUUAUUAUUUACCAAACGACAUAAACCAGUUAAGAACCUAACAAAAACCCAGUUUUAGUUAAACCAAACCAUUUGACUCAAAAAGAAAAAUAAACCAGACCCCACCCGAUCCAUUGUUCUCUUCUUCUUCACCCAAAGUUUCAAUUGAAACAGAGAAGAGAACCUACUGUUGAGCUCAUCGAGCCACCAACGUUCUCGAAGGUUGAGAUGCGAGUGAUGCCAUAGACGAUGAAUGCUCCGACGGCUCUACGGUAAUAGGCGGGAGUGACAGCGCGGAAGCGUUCUUGACCUACGGUCUCCCAAAUCUGAGUUUUGACCUUUUUACCGGAGAUGAGCAUGCUCUGAGUCUGAAACUCGACGCCAAUGAUGGCUUUUGAGUUCGUGUUGAACUUGUUGCGAGCGUAGCGGGUGAGGAGAUUGGAUUUGCCGACGAUAAAGUCUUCACCUCUCUCAUUUUCCGACAUAUCUUCGCCUUAAUUUCCUCUAACUUCUUCUGUGCUCUCUGUUCAAGAGAUAGAAAAAGAGAGAGAGUGUGUGUGUGUAUGGUUUAAUUUGUCGGGUGAAGAAGAAGAGAACAAUGGGUCAGAUUGGGUCGGGUGGGGUCUGGUUUAAUUUUUUUUUUGAGUUAAAAGUUCUGGUUUAAUUAAAAUUGAGUUUUUUGUUUGGUUUAGUUAGUUUAUAUGGUUUGAUAAAUAAUAAACCAAUCAAAAUCAUGUUUUAUGUAUAAUUAAGGUCAAAAUCAAUAGUUCGGGGAGAAAUAAGACUGUAACUCUUAAUUUGGGGAGAAAUACAUUUGUAAUAUUCAGUUCAUGUAAAUAUAGCAUGAGGUCAUAGUUUCGUGGACAUCUGAUGCUAUACGAUAGUUCUCGUGGAGAAAUAGCACGUUAACCCGCACCGGGUUGAGCAAUAUUACGCAAAUGGGUUCCGGAGCAUUUCCACGCAAAGGAUUCAGGAAAGCAGCAUAUGUCUGCAACAUGCAGAUUGCUGAGAAGAACCGGUCCUUUCUGCCGCCUCUAGACUUCCAGUUAGGAGCGAUGCAGCCCGACUCGUACACGGCUGCGAAGACGCAUGGUAGAGGGCCUAGUGGCUGCGGAAACCAUUUUUACUACGGAGGGCCACGGCCAGGGCCACUACGAUCAUCCUCCUUUCGGAGUGAUCCGUUAGCUAUUCUAUUUUUGUUUUUGGGCGUUUAUGUUGUUGUCUAGUUAUCAUCUUGUAGCACAAGUCAUAUAAUAUAUGUGUGUAGUACUUUAAUCGUUUGUGUUGUAAAAUAUUAGUCUAGAUACUGAGAACCCCUGUUUCGUCGAUGCCGCCUGGGACUCCACAGCUAAGCGAGCGGGAUCUGCAUGGAUCCUUAACAAACACCUCCCGCACCAUGCCCGAUCAGGUUCACAGAUCUUCGACAACGUCAACUCUCCCCUUAUGGCCGAAUCACUCGCUCUCCGGAACGGCAUUGAGGAAUUGAUCAAAGCGGGAGUACAAUCCACAACUGUCUUCUCGGAUUGCCAAACGCUCAUCAGAGCUAUCGUCAACAAGAGUCAGAUCAAAGAGGUCUACGGCGUUCUCCAAGACAUCGAUCGCCUCUCUUCUCUCUUCGUCUCUAUCGGGUUCCAGUUCAUCCCUCGUUCUCAGAACAGGGAAACUGAUUUCUUAGCAAAACAGGCCCUUCAGGCCCAUGGCUGUUUAAUUUCCUCUGUUUAAAACCUGCCUACGGGCCCAGCUCCUUUUUUCCGUUUUUUAAUAUGAUAACCGUUGUUCAAAAAAAAAAAAAAGUUCUCUGUAAGCAUAAAUGAGAAAAGAUUAGUUUGAAAUGGUGUAUGGAGACCUCUGAUCUUGGGAUUUUGAUCUUCUCUGUAAGAAAUGUAAAGAGUUGAAGUCUCUCUGAUGUUUCGUAUCUUAAGGUUCGUCUCAGAGCUUCUCUCUUUACUCUGUUUUAGUUAUUCGAGUGGCAUAAGUUGAAAACUUUGAUACGUAUGGGUGUAAAGUUUUUCUAUCUUGGCUGUCAUUUGGUUCAGAUCACGAAUGAUUCAGUCCGCUCUAUUGCUUUACUACCAAAGCUCGAGGUUUUAUACAUGGUAAGCUGCCCCUUGAUAGAUGAUGCUUGGUUACAGUAUCUUGAGAAUGGUACUAUUUUGAAGCUUUAAUCAAUUUAAGAUUAUUUAUUAACUGGUAAGAACUAUAAACAGGAGAUUGAUGUCACAAGCAUGAGUUCGUCCAGCUUAAUCUCCAUACUCAAAGGCCAUCCUGAUCUUCAAAACCUUAAAGCUAGUCACUGUAUAUCCGUAAGUUCAUAAUCCAUGCCUUAAUUAGACUAAUUGUCAGUGUUUUAGAAAUUGGAUGCAGCCAUCUCUGCUGUUGUUCAGUCUUGUCUGAACUUGGAGAGUUUACAGUUAGAGUCUUGUCAUUUGAUAACAGAAAAAGGUCUUCAAUCGUUCGGAUGUUACUCCAAGCGUCUUUGAGAGCUCUAUCUUACUGACUGUGAUGGCGUUAAUGAUAGAGGUAAAGAGAAGAUACAUGUCAAAUGAAACUCUAAAUGUGUUUCUUGAUCUUAUCAGUUAUGGUAUUUUUCUUUGGCCACAGGGCUUGAGUAAUGAGUAUAUCUCAAAAUGUUCGCGUCUUCUAAGAUUGAAACUUGGCCUCUGCGCAAAUAUCUCAGACAAAGGGAUCUUUCAUAUCGGCUCCAAAUGUUCGAAGCUUCUAGAACUUGAUCUAUACCGCUGGGCUGGUUUUGGAGAUGACGGUUUAGCAGCUAUAUCAAGAGGUUGCAAGAGCUUGAACCGGCUCAUUCUAUCCUGCUGCGGGUGAACUAACAGACGCUGGGGUUGAAAAAAUAUAUCUAAAGGGCUGUUCGUUUGGUUGCCGCAGGUACCGGCGGCAGCGGCAGCGUCAACAUUCUGCGUCAACUCUUGUUCGUUUCGUUGAUGCAGCAUGCGUCUGACGCCGCGUCCUGCGGCUGGGCUGACGCAGAUAAAACCUGCGGUCGUCCUGCGGGUGAACUAACAGACGCUGGGGUUGAAAAAAUACAUCUAAAGCCCUGUUCGUUUGGUUGCCGCAGGUUUCGGCGGCAGCGGCAGCAGCGUCAAUGAGGACAGUUGUUGUUCGUUUCGCAGACGCUGACGCUGCCGCUGCCGCUGCCGCAUAUCAUAUCGCGACCGCAGGUUUUAUCGGCGUCAGCCGCAGGACGCAGCGUUCGGACGCUGCCGCUGCCGCCGGUUCCUGCGUCAACGAAACGAACAAGAGUUGACGCAGAAUGUUGACGCUGCCGCUGCCGCCGGUACCUGCGGCAACCAAACGAACAGCCCUUAAGUCACCUUGAACUGCGAGGGGUAAAGAAAAUAACUGGUACUGGUCUUGCUGCAAUUACUCGCUGCUGCAAGAAACUAGCUUACUUGGACCUCAAGCUAUGUGAGAAUAUCGAUGACUCAGGCUUCAGGCGCUUGCGUACUUGUCAAGAAACCUAAACUGAUUCGCUUUGGUUAAUGGAAACAUGUUUGAUUCUUUGUGUUUGUGUUUUGGUUGGUGUGCUAAACUGAUUUUUCGGACUCUUCUCCGCCGUUAUCUCCCGUGGAGAUCUUUUCCCGGCCGCUAUCAUCCCCGAUGGACAAUGAAGAUGACAUCGUCGACUGAGUCUUCUCCUUCGCCGGAGGAAUCAGAGGAGUCCCGGAUUAGAUUUGUGAAACUGUGAAAUCUUUUUACUAUUCUGGGGAUCCGUGUAAUAUCUCUCCGUUAACUUUACUUUUACCUUUGACGGUGUUUUCAAUUGCACGUUGACUUAACGCCGUCAAUUUAUAGAUGUCCUUCAAUCUGCAGACCAGAAUUAACACGCAGGGAGCUCGGGGUUUAGCUGUGGCGGAGAUUGUUAAGAAGAUUGCUUGUCGUUUGGAGUUGAUGAUGCUCCUGUUUUUGAUGGGAAGACUCCUAUGGAGGUUUCUGCGUCUGCUUUCUCAGACUACAUGGGUAACACAAUCACGGGAAUCACAUUAGCGGUAUGGGACCAGACGGGGAGCUCAGCUAAGGUAUCCUUCUCACCAACUCGAGACGAAUCUCUCUGGUGGGAACCCUCUUUGGGGACUUGGUGGACCACACGAUGCUCCUGCCAGCCUCAUUCCACUUCGUUCUUCUCAGCCGGUGGACUUGGUACUCGUCUCUUCUCACCUCCCAUGCAGACCGUGUCCUCUCCGUUGCUUCAUCAGCAUUCAGCGGAAGUGGUGUGUGCUACCUCUCUUACACCAAGCUGAGUUAACAGCUGGAUUCUACAGAUCUAAUGGACAUGACAGGUACGAUGCUUUCACAGUCUUUGUUCGGAACAUGAACCAGGUCAAACUGUCCUCAUAUGAUCAAGCAGUAGAGGAUGAGGCUUAGACAGUGAGCUUAGGUUCAGGCACUGGUGUACAUAGUUUGCAAACCGCUUGAUGAUGAGUAUUCAUGUUUGUACGUAAAAAGCAAACAAAGUCUCUUGUUAUUUAGCAUCCUCAUGUUUGUAGGUAAUGCUCUAAAAUCAACUUCAAAAAGCUCUUUCAAAUCUU